GCCAUGGUGGAUGCUGCAAGCCGUCAGAGGGAUGUGGUGACACUGUCGCACCACAAGCUGAGCGUGGAGGAGGCAGUGGCGGCCGUUACCGCCCCGUGCUGUGGGGCCGUGUCCCUCUUCAUCGGCAUGACACGCGACAGCUUCGAGGCGAGGAAAGUGGUGCGGCUGGAGUACGAGGCCUACGAGUCCAUGGCGAUUGCGGAGAUGCGCAAGGUGUGCGCAGCGAUGCGCCACCAGUGGCCUGCGUUGGAGCACAUCGCAGUGGCUCACCGGCUCGGUGUGGUGCCGGUGGAGGAAGCGAGCGUGGUAAUCGCCGUGUCAUCCCCGCAUCGCCGAGACUCUCUCGAUGCCGUCAGCUACUGCAUCGACAGCCUCAAGGCCACAGUACCCAUAUGGAAGAAGGAGGUGUAUGACACCAACGAGUACUCCUGGAGGGAGAAUAAGGAAUGCACUUGGACCGAAAAACAGGGAAAACACGAAUGCGGCACAAAUGUACGAGACUCUGAAGAUGCAGUUGACACGUCGUCGUGAACUCAUAACGCAGUAUUAACAUGAUCGUGAUUCUAAGUUCAUUUUAAAUAUACAGUGAUAAUAAUUGCGUUUUUAGUUAUUAACAGUUGGACAUUUUCCUGGCCUCACUGGAGAUUACUUGGUAAGGAUGCAAGAUAGAUUACACCAGCAGUAUAAUGCAACUUGAAUUUAUAUAUAGUGCCUAAAUGGAAUGAGACACACACUACUAACUCAGCAUUUGUUUCUUGAUUGUUGGCUCAAUUGUGUAAUUGAUCUGGUGUUCAUAUCUAACCUGGCUGCUCAGAGUCUUAAGGGUUAAGCUGUCUUAAUCCCGAGGUGUGCUGAGUGGGAGGUACAAUAUAGAUAAUAAAUUGUGCACAAUGUAUGUGUUUAAAAUAUUGUUUAUUUGCGUUCGGUUGAGUAUACGGUAUAAACAUUGUUUCAUGAGGUUCAUUGAAAGAUAAAGUGUAAUGCCCUCAUCCUACCCUCUUCGUACAGCCAUGUACCAAUUGCUUGGUGAGGUCACUGUGUGCAGAUCUAAAUGCCUCUGACAGCUAAAUUCUGUGGCCCGCAGCAUGGGAAAUCUCAAUUCCAAGUGGCUAUGACAAAACACCACUUUUCUUGUGGUUGUGCAAGUGGGGUGGUCCCAGCUCAUGACCUGCUUGGAUGAUUAUUACACUGAAGUUCUAACGAAAAGGCUACCAGAUGCAGAGAAUUUUAUUAUUUAACUCUGCUGAUUGGGUGGGUUUAGCAAUUAAGCUGCAGUCCCCAACGUCUGGCCAGCAUGGACAUAUUUACGUAAGCUCACGUCACAUUGAACCCACCUGCCCAAGCCAAAUUUGUAAGUCCAAGUUCAGGGUGAGAAUCGUUAUCAGGGUAGAAGUUCAAUGAGUGUCCUUGGUGCAUUCAUUUGAGGCCAUUACCCUAGAUGCCUGUAGAGGCAGCUGAAGCAAUCUUUGUAGUGAACAGAAAAUAUUUGCCUUUGUUGAACUCUCGCGUUAAUGAGCAUUACCUUGUAGGAUGGGGCCAGUGAGGGAGAAUGGCCCAAGUGAUUUAGGGGAGCUGAGGGCUUCACUCGUAGGAGGUAAACUCAUGUGACAGAUCGGAGGUCAGAGGAAAAUAGUCGAUGAGUAACUUGGGGGGCCCCUAUUUAAUGGCAGGCCCCCCGUGGUAGUGUUCAGAAGCCUUGUGAUGGCCUGGUAUGCAGGUCAGCAAGGUUAUUUGUAACAUGGGAACUAUGGCAACCAGGAUGCCUACACCUUGACUCACAUUGCAGAGGGGAACAUGGCUAAUGAUGGGUUAAGAAUGUGUGUAUAAGAAAAAAAAAUCUAGCUAAAACUACAUGCCCCUUCUCUACGAAAAACUCGGUACAUUUUUUCGUGUAAUAAGUGUGUCAUUACACAGCACUUAAUAAAGGAAGCGCAUGAUGGCAUUUAAGCUAGAUUUUUUUUAAGAAGACGUACAUGAAUAGUAGACAAUUUUGGCAUUUUUGGCUGGUCGUACGUGCUUUUUACAGUUAUGAAAUGCCAAAUAUAUAGGAAAGUUACGUUUUAGAAUCAUGAGGGGGGUGGAAAUGGGACUCUAUAUGGUCUAACUAGACAUCAGCAAAGAGCACUUGGUGGUAGACCUAAAUUCAAAUCCUAAAAGUAACAACAAUCCCAAGUUUUUUUUGGCAAAUGAAUUUUUUUUCUAAAUUUUUGGGAUUUAUAUAAGCAUAGAUUUGAUUGCGUUUGUGCUACAUUUCAGCUUUCUAGCCUGUAUACAGUGUCAUGAGAAUUCAAACCAAUUCUCUCACAAGCAGAUAUAUACACAUCUUACGUGGGGCACUGUCAACGUUUGGAGGAGGACUGACUUGCACAGUCUGUGAGAUCGAGGCCGGCGCCGCUCGUAGUGCCCCCUCGUGGCAAUGAACCGGUAACCCAUCGGCCACGGUGAUGAGUAUCGGACAAAAUGUUUACGUUCGCGGUGAGAAGGUGGUGGGGGCCGAGUUCUUUUGGGCCUUUUGUCUUUUCGUGCGGAGGAAGUUGACUCAGCCGAAAGCGAGUUCUUGGUGCGGUGCGUAAUCAUCGGCACUGGGGUGACAAAGGUGGUCGGGUGUGGGGUUGGCCGCCCACCCCCUUCAUAGUUGCUCGCUAAUAGAAUUUACCGCGACAUACUGUCGAUGAGACCGGAGAUCUAAGCUCUUUAAAUAAAUAGUAUAGGAGUCAAAGGGCAUUCGUGUCGCACAUUCACCGCAAGGUGAACAGGGAGUGGCCGUGCAGAUUUAGCUCUAGGCUCGCUCACCAGCAUGAAGGCCAAUCUAUAUUUGAAGUUUUCGUGACUGCAGGGAUCCAUACUCUUUGGUUUUAUUUUAUACCUACGUGACUUUACCGAAAGAACCAAAGAGCAUGAAUGCCCUGAAUUAUGAGCAGAGGGUCGGGGAGACCCCGACAUUUUUCAUCACUCACCCCACCAAUGAUCACCCACACCGCUCACCAGACACCUUUCACCUAUGACUGAUGAAUGAAGUGUUGACGGUACAUGCUGAGUGUGAACGGCACUUUUUUGUGAGUGAUGAGCGUGCGGUCAGUGUUUAUGCUGAGCGCGUUGUUAUACUGGUAGGAACCUCCUGGUUACACCAGCCCACAGGGGAUU